AUGGCCGCCACGAGCGGUAGUGAGGAGAACCCAGAAGAUGAACUCCCUGCGCCGGUAUCUGAGCUCUGUGAGCUCUGUGGGUGGCGGCCGUUCACGGCGCAAAUGAAUAAAAAAGGGCGCAAUGCGGCUCAAGCCGAACCCAAACCCACUUGCAAAUUAGGUUCUGGGGGGACCGACUGGAGCGG